AUGGCCUCUGAACGACCUGACAAGAAGGAGAAGAAGGAGAAGAAGGAGAAGCGCAGCGAAGAGUCCGGCGUGAAGAAGGACAAGAAGGAGAAGAAAGACAAGAAGGAGAAGAAGGAGAAGCUCGCCACUGUUCUGGACGAGAAGCUGCAGCAGGAUGUCGCUGGCCAGAUCUCCCCCGUGAAGGGCUCCGAGGACUCAGACAUGGAGGAGGACAAGGCACCUGAGGUUGCUCUUGAGAGAAAGGUUGUGCCUUUUGCCGUCCCUCUGGCUGAUGAGAAGGGCCAGAAGAAGAUCUGCAAGACGAUCCGAAAAGCCGCCAAGAACGGUACCCUCAAGCGUGGUGUCAAGGAAGUCGUCAAGACCCUGCGAAAGUCCGCCGCCAGCGCCCCCGGCUACACCUCCUUCCCCGGCGUCGUCGUCAUCGCCGGCGACAUCUCCCCCAUGGACGUCAUCUCACACCUGCCCGUGCUCUGCGAAGACCACAACGUGCCCUUCAUCUUCGUCACAUCGCGCGCUGAGCUCGGUGCCGCCGCCAAGACCAAGCGACCUACCAGCGUGGUCAUGGUCAUGGAGAAGGCCGAGGGCAAGAAGAAGGCUUCCAAGGAGGCUGACAAGGACGAGGAUGACGACAAGGAGUCGUACAGCGACACUUAUGCUUCGCUGGUUAAGCUGGUGCAGAAGGAGGGCAGCAAGCAGUCUUUCUGGACAAAGGGCGAAUCCAAGGCGUAA